CUCAAGUGUGAACAGCCGGAGCUGCGUCCCCGCCAUGGACCCGCAGAAAGAGGCGCGAACACCCCGGGACCCGGUCGCGCGGCCGCCGGCCUCGCGGUCUCAGACGCCGAAGGAGGAGGAGCGGCGGGAGAGCGGCGAGGCGCCGGCGGCGGCCCUGGGCGAGGAGGCGGACGACAGUGCGGACGGGCUGUGGGAGCUGCCGGUGAACGCUGAGCGGAGGCCCGAGUGCAGCCGGUGCAGCCGGCCUCAGAAAGUGUGUUUAUGUCCGUUUCUACCAGUGCGUCCUCUGCACAUCUCUACCUACUUGUACAUAAUUCAGCAUCCAGCAGAGGAAAGCAAAGUGUUGCGGACAGUUCCUCUACUAGCAGCAUGCCUCCCCCAGGACAAGUGUAAAGUCAAGAUUGGUCGUCGUUUUAGUGAAGAAAGAGAUCCUGAACUUUCAACUGUUUGCCGGAAGUCUGGUACAUUAAUAUUAUAUCCAGGGGCUGAAGCUGCUAAUUUGGAAGAGUUUAUAUUAGAUUCUCCUAUUUAUCCCUCCACAAUCAUCAUCAUCGAUGGUACAUGGAGCCAGGCUAAGGACAUUUUCUAUAAGAAUUCCUUGUUCCGACUGCCCAAACAGGUGCAGUUAAAAACUAGCAUUUCUAGUCAGUACGUAAUUCGGGCGCAACCAACUAAUAGGUGCCUGUCUACACUGGAGUGUGCAGCUGUUGCUCUUUCCAUCUUAGAGAAAAAUAAUUACAUACAAGAGACUUUGCUUCGCCCUCUUCGAGCUUUAUGCUCUUUCCAGCUUCAGCAUGGUGCUCAAAUUCGCCUCAGCAAGGAACACCUUCUGAAAAAUGGAUUAUAUCCUAAGCCGAUGCCAAAGAACAAACGCAAACUCAGGAAGAUGCAACUGUUAAUGAACAGUAUUAAAAUUUAGCACAAAUGUUCUUAUGGUGCUAUUUAUGGUGUCUUCAGCUGAUAGUACCAGCUUAAGUUUUCAUACAACUUAAGUCUGUGUGGUUUUUUGGUUGUUUAAAGAAUGAGGGUUGCAUACUAAAGGUGUCCAGAAGAAGGACGUAAAUCAAAUAGCCAUGAAAGCAAAUAAACAAGCAAAAUUAUACGACUCAGUAAAAAGCAAGAUUUCAUACUGUA